UAGUGCUUUGCUUGUGCCAGACUUGGUGUUGUUUUCUAAGUGUGUAUAGGUAGGUGGGUCAACAACCGACCGCCUCGUUCAAUCACCUCGUGGGAUGAUCUUCUCAAUAAAUUCAUGACCCGCUACUGCCCUCCUUCGAAGAUGGCCGAGUGGAGAAAGAAGAUCACCCAUUUCGAGCAAGAAGAAGAUGAGACCUUGAGAGAUUCUUGGGAGAGAUUUUCCGAUUACUUCCUUCAAUUCCCUCACCAUGGAUUCGAAGAGCAAUUUCAUAUUUAAACUUUCUAUGGUGGACUUAUACAAGAAGACAAGAUUCUCAUUGACUCUCUUUGCCAAGGGAAAUUGAUGAAUAUGACCCCACCUCAAGUGAUCGAGUUGCUCAAAUACAUGGCCUUCAAAGGAUACAAUUGGGGCUUGAAGAGAAGUAUAAAGAGAAGCAAUGAUAGAGGAGUGAGAAGUGUGGGAGCAAGCGCUCCACUUGAAGCGAAGCUUGACAAGUUGAUCGAGAUAAUUCUUGAGGAUAAGAAGCAAGGGAAGAGAGCGGUGAUGUCUUGUGAUUGGUGUUCAAGCACUAGCCAUGAGAUGGCGGAGUGCCAAGCAAUGAAGGAGGCAAAAACUCUCGAGGAAAAAGUCAAUUUCGUGGCAAAUGCUAGGGCUAAUAACCCGUAUAGCAAUACUUAUAAUCCCGGAUGGAUGAAUCAUCCUAAUUUUGCUUGGUCAUUGAGUCGCAUGAAACUACAUUAAAAAUUAAUUCUGACUAGAGUCCAAGUUUUUCAACUUUAGGCGGGUGCAGUAUAGAGCAAGUAUUUAAAUAUCGACUCGGGCCGAUCCAUGUACCCCUACUUCAAUCGCUUAAUUUGUUAUCUAGCAAAACGGUUUUGGGUUUAAAACUAAGAAAACUACAAACUACACAAGCAAAGAAAAGUAAAUAAAGGAAAAUCCUAAUUAAGGGAGCUUCACCCUGUAAUUGCUUCCUCCUAACUAGCUACCACGACUCGUUGGAUUGAAUGGAGUCGUGUGGCGUAGGUGGUUGUGAACCGCGGGGGUGAGCAACUAGUGAUAGAUUUGUCACGGAAUCAAAUCACUAGUGAUCGAUUUGUCACGGGAUCGAUCCACUCACCAAGUCUAGGGGAACCACUAGGAGGAGCAACUAGUGAUCCAUUUGUCACGGGAUGGAUGCACUAGAGAUCGAUUUUCCAUGGGAUCGAUCCUCUCACUCAGUCACUAGUGGUUUCCUAGGCCUCUCCCUCAAACCGGAGUUUGAACUACUUAAUCACAACCAACCUAGAUGCAAACUUGAGUCAAUGGUCUCUAACCUAGAUAUUAGAUUGCUAAGCACGAUUAUGCACAAACCUUAAGUUGCUAAGCACAAUUAUGCACAACCCUUAGCUUGCUAAGCACAAACAUGCACAAUCACCAGGAAAACACCUCUAAUACUCAAAUUAAUGCAAACCCACACUUAAUCAUUCAAUCUAAGCAAGUAAUUACAAAGUAUAAGUUAGGGAUCUACAACACCCAAGAGAAAAGAGUGAGUUUCUAAAGAGAGAGAGGGAUUACAAAUUUUAUCUCAAGAUCUUCUUCUUCUUGUAGUUGGCUUGAAUCUCCACCCAAGCCUCCAAUGAUGCUCCAAGAUCACUCUAGCACUCUCGCUCUCUCUCUCAAUAGAACUCCCCUUCGGUUUUUUUGGGCAAAACCUAGAGAAAGAAACUAAUUCUUCUCCAAAAACCAGCUCUCAAAACCAGCUCCCCUUUCUCUCUCCCGGCAGUUGUCUUCAUAUUUGCCCGAAAGUGGUCAGUUCACGAACGCGUUGUCCAGUUAAUGGCCGUGAACUCCUAAACGCGUCCGUGAACUCAGAUGUCUCCAAAACGCGCCGCUUCACUUGCCUGGGUUCUUGGUUAAUGGCCCCAGUUCACGAUCUUAGAGACCGUGAGCUGCCUUGUCGUUAGUAACUUCUGGAACCACGCUAGACUGCUCGAUGUUCACGGUUUGUGGUCCAUGUUCACGGUCUUAGGAGACCGUGAACUACCUUGUCUGGUCGUGAACGACGGCUAUUUCCUGGGACGCCUUCACUUCACUGCGCUUUUGACCUCCAAUUAUCCCAAAAUACGUCCUUGACCCUUCCACACGUGCUAGGACCUAAAAUGUAUCAAAACAUACACAAUCUAGCGUGAAAUAUUUCGAGCAACGAUGAAAUACUAAGCCAAACGAAUAAGACGUGAGGGGUAAA